GCCGGAUCAUCGCCCCACGACCAGGUUUGCGUGCCGGGUCCCCCCACUUUCUCUCCUUCCUAAACUUCCAAGAAAGGAUUGUGUAACGGGACGCAGGAAGAAGAGGAGGGCCUCAGUGUCCCCAGUCUCCUUCCUGAGCUGGUUUUGACCAGAGCUCACCCAAACAUCAUGGAAGAACCGAUGUGUCUGAUAGAGAACAACCCCAAUGAACAGCUGCGGGUCAACCAGGAAGCCCUGAAGAUCUUGCAGAGCAUCCAGCAGCCCGUGGUGGUGGUGGCCAUCGUGGGGCUAUACCGCACUGGCAAGUCCUACCUCAUGAACAAGCUGGCAGGAAAGGACAAAGGAGGUUUCUCUCUGGGACCCACAGUGCAAGCAUCCACCAGAGGUAUCUGGAUGUGGUGUCGCUCGCAUCCCCUGAAGCCUGAUCACACCCUGGUGCUGUUGGACACGGAAGGGCUGGGUGAUGUCGAGAAGAGCAACCCUGAGAACGAUGCGUGGAUAUUUGCCCUCUCCAUUCUGCUUAGCAGCACCUUUGUCUACAACAGCAUGCACACCAUCGACCAGUAUGCUCUGGAGAAACUGCACUACGUGUCUGAAUUAACUGAGCAUAUCAAGGUGAAGGCAUCGGCCGGGCAGAGCAGUAACAGAUAUUAUGGGAUGCCUGAUGACUUUGCCUUCUUCUUCCCAACCUUCAUCUGGACUGUGCGGGAUUUCACACUGCAGUUGCAGCUGGAUGGGUGCCCUAUUUCAGAGGACGAGUACUUGGAGCACGCAUUGAAGAUGAAGAAAGAUGCCCCUGAAAAGCAAGAUCUUCCUAAGAAAUUCCUGCGGCAGUAUUUCCCCAACCGCAAGUGCUUUGCCUUUGAAUGCCCAGCCUCACGGAAAGACUUGGCCGUCUUGGAGGACCUCCCGGAAUCGAGGCUGAGCGCAGAGUUCGUGAAGCAAACGCACCGUUUCUGCAGCUACAUUUAUGAGAACGCACAGGCCAAAGUGAUCCAGGGAGGGCACUUGGUGACUGGGACAUCCCUGGGGAGCCUAGUGGAGACUUACGUGGACUCCAUCCGCAACGGAUGUAUGCCUUGCAUCGAGAACGCUGUGGUGGCCUUGGCUCAGAUCGAGAACCAGGCCGCCAUGAAGGAUGCUCUGAACCGCUAUGAGGCAAUGGUGGACCUCAUGUUGAUGCCUCCCACUGAGGACGUCGCAGAGGUUCUGCAAGUGCACGCUGUUUGCGAAGAGGAGGCCAUUCGAGUGUUCCUGGCCCGUGCCUUCAAGGACGAAGACCAAGCGCACCAGAGAGAACUAGGGAGGCAGCUACAAGAAAAACUUCAAGAGUUGUGCACUCGCAACGAGCAGGCAUCAUCAGACCGUUGCCUGGCUGUGCUCAUGGAGCUAUUCCAAGAAAUGGAGGAGAGGAUUAGCAAUGGGAAAUACGCAGUGCCUGGUGGCUAUCAAAGGUUCCUCGAGGACCAGAAGAAAGUAGUGGAGAAAUAUCACCUGGUGCCUGAGAAGGGAGUAAUGGCUUCCCAGGCCCUGCAAGACUUCCUGGAAUCCAAGGAGACAGCAGCCCAGUCCAUUCUGCAGACUGACCAGACCCUCACGGACAAACAGAAGGAGCUUGAAGUGGAGAAAGCCCGGGCUGAGGCCGCCAGGCGGGAAGCUGAGCUCCAAAGACAGAUGCAAGAACAGGCCCAGCAGAUGAUCCGGGAAAAGGAUCGGAGCUAUGAGGAGCACAAGCGCCAGUUGUUGGCCAAGAUGGAGGAAGACAGGAGGGCCCUCCUGGCUGCGAAUGAGAGAUUGUUGAACCAGAAGCUCCAGGAACAGAGGCGUCUUCAGCAAGAAGGGUACCAACAGGAAUUCUCAAGGCUUCAGUCUCAGGUCCAGAGCUUGGAGUCUCAGAUACAGCAACAGAGGAGUCAGAGAAGAAGCUCUGGAGGAUGUGUGAUCUCUUGAGGAUUGCAUCUCUGAACAGCCCUGAUGGACUGAGUGAACGAAGGGGAAAUCCUGGCCUGGCUUCAGGGCUGUGGAUGAGGUUCAGCUGGGAUGGAAAAAGCAGAGAGCUGUACUUUGUACCACUUUCAAUAGGUGUUUGCAGUGUGCCUAUAUAUGUGUACGCGAUAAAAAAAUUGCUGCAUUUUCAAAUUCACUGCACCUGUGUACUGACUUCUGUUCUAAACAAUUACCUGUGUCUGUGUUGAGCAAAUCAGUCUUCAGGGGGUGUUUACAGUGUUGUCUCUGGUUGUGUACUUCACUGCAUUUUGAUAUGGAUGGUGCUAAUAUAAAACCAGAUGGUUGGAUCCAUCUCUUAGGAAGAAGGUAGGAAGUUGCCUGAUACAUAGUCAGAUCACUGGUCCAUUUGAUUUUGUCUGCACUGACCGACAGCAGCUCCCUGGGGUUUCAGAUAGGGACAUUCCCUGCCCUAUCUGGAGAUGCCAGGAAUUGAACCGGUGACCUUCUGCAUUCUAAGCAGCUCCUGUAUCACUGAGCUACGCCUUUGCCCCUCUCCUGCAUUGCUAAUAACACUCAGAAUCAGCUGUGUGAUAGGGCUGUUGCUGCCCAGUCCACAUGUACGAAGCAGCUAAGGUGGGGAAUCCCUCGUAUUUAGCUCGUGGUGCUGUGUGUUAUGAACUGGUCUGCAGCCAAAGAUGGGUAAAUGUGUAGCUGCUGUGUUUUUGCAACCUCUGAAUUCCUCACCCCCAAACCCAGAUUCCUGGCAUCCCUCCACCCACCAGUGAUCUGCACUAUUGACAAGUGAAGGAGGAAGGAAUCUAUUCAGUUGCAGUCAGUUUGCUGGACUCGGGCCGCUGCCAAGUCUUUUGAGAUGAACCCCCUCUCCCCUUGUGCAGAAUGAUUGGGGGAGUCUUAUUCACGCUUGCUCUGAAAGUAUUGCAGCCUGAGACCUGUUACAAUGAGAAUUGUAAUGAAAUGUGCAUGAAAUGCUUG